ACUGACCACGCCUCAGGAAAUCAACGCAGUAAGCUAUGAUCGUCAGGCGUUUAUAAGCUACUUCCGGUCAAAGUACCGAAGCAGAAUGCACAUUUUUAUUUCAGGGGGAAAAAAAGGGGUAAAAAAGGGGGGACCGAAUGCAGCAGAGUUCAUGUGAGCGCCACCGGCCGCUCUCUUCCUCUCCUUUCUUCGUCGGCCUUAAAACCCUAACGCGGGAGCGGUAGAGAAACCGUAGUGAAGUCUUGAACGCCUUCGAUGUCUUCUCGACUGCAGAGGUCGAGCAUCUCACCCUUCCGAUCGCGUAAGACCUCCUCGGCCCCCGGAUCAAAGCCUGGAGCUCGCCCGACGACCCCCUCCACAGGUGGCGUCAGACCCACAACGCCGACGUAUUCUUCUACUAGUCGGCAGACGACGCCGUCUUCUUCAGCGUCCUUAGCGGCGCCAGUGCGCGGCCCGGGAAGCUCUAGGAUCUCGCCCGUCUCCGGUUCCAAUUCUUCGUUCUCGUAUCCGGGCAUUGAGCAGCCUGAAUUUCACAAAUCCGAGGAGAAUGUCACGGUCACGGUCCGAUUCCGGCCACUCAGUCCGCGAGAGAUCAGUAAAGGGGAUGAGAUAGCGUGGUAUGCUGACGGCGACUUUAAUGUUCGGAACGAGUAUAAUCCCAGCAUUGCUUAUGGAUUUGACAGAGUUUUUGGGCCAGCAACAACCACUCGCCAUGUUUAUGAUGUGGCUGCACAACAUGUUGUAAGUGGUGCUAUGCAAGGAAUUAAUGGCACAGUUUUUGCUUAUGGUGUUACCAGUAGUGGAAAGACUCAUACCAUGCAUGGAGAGCAAAAGUCACCUGGAAUCAUACCAUUAGCCAUAAAGGAUGUGUUCAGCAUCAUUCAAGAGACCCCAGGCAGAGAAUUUCUUCUUCGUGUUUCAUAUCUUGAGAUCUAUAAUGAGGUUAUCAAUGACUUGCUUGAUCCUGUCGGACAGAACCUUAGAAUAAGAGAAGAUUCACAGGGAACGUAUGUGGAAGGAAUAAAAGAAGAAGUUGUUUUGUCUCCCGCUCAUGCUCUCUCAUUGAUAGCCUCUGGCGAAGAGCACCGGCAUGUUGGAUCAAAUAACUUUAAUCUACUCAGCAGUCGGAGCCAUACUAUCUUCACUUUGACAAUUGAGAGCAGCCCUUCUGAUGAAAAUAGCCCUGAUGAAGAUGUUACGCUGUCUCAAUUGAAUUUGAUUGAUCUUGCAGGUUCAGAAAGUUCGAAGGCUGAAACCACUGGAUUGCGACGUAAAGAGGGUUCAUACAUAAACAAAAGCUUACUUACCCUUGGGACUGUGAUCUCCAAAUUAACUGAUGACAAGGCUACACACAUUCCUUAUAGAGAUUCAAAGCUCACACGCUUACUCCAGUCCUCUCUUAGCGGACAUGGAAGAGUAUCUCUUAUUUGUACAGUUACUCCGGCUUCUAGCAAUAGUGAAGAGACUCAUAACACCUUGAAGUUUGCCCACCGAAGCAAACAUGUUGAGAUUAAAGCGUCUCAAAACAAGAUAAUGGACGAGAAAUCCUUAAUAAAGAAAUAUCAAAGGGAGAUCUCUUGCUUGAAAGAAGAACUGCAACAAUUAAAGUGUGGCAUGAUGGAGAAACACUCCUUCUAUGAUCAAGAAGACAUUGUUAAUCUGAAGCUUCAGUUGGAGGCGGGCCAAGUCAAGUUGCUGUCUAAACUUGAAGAGGAGGAGCAAGCAAAAGCUGCCUUAAUGGGUAGGAUUCAACGCCUGACUAAGUUGAUACUAGUGUCUACAAAAAGUUCACUGCCUUCUAAAGUUACCGACAAGAGUGGACAUAGGCGAAGACACUCUUUUGGAGAAGAUGAGCUUGCUUAUCUACCUGAUCGCAAACGGGAGUACAUUAUCGAUGAUGAUGUUGCAAGUGUUGAUUCCGAAUUAUCAGGAGAAAGUCGGUUUGGUUUCAAUGGUCAUGAGGAGUCUCUAAAAUUUGAGAAAAAGAAUCGCAAGCGGGGGAUGUUUGGUUGGCUCAAAAUCAAGAAACCUGAUUACCUUGACGGACUAUCACCUAAUGCGGAUGAUGAAAGCUCGGCCAGUGGGUCACCGUUACAAGUUCCGCAGCAGAAGAUUUGUUCAGAUAAGACAGAUGGACAAAGAAUUUCUGUUAGCCGGAAGGAUGUUGAUAUUUCUUUGCUUCAUUAUUUUCCUGAAAAAACACAAGCAGGAGAUCUAUUCUGUGCAACUUCUAGAGGACAGCAGCCUCCCCCGGCAGGUACAACUCUUAUGGAUGAAAUGGAUCUUCUCAGUGAGCAGAUCAAGAUGUUAGCUGGGGAGGUAGCUCUUUGCACAAGUUCCUUAAAAAGAUUAGCAGAGCAAGCUGCCAAUAACCCUGAAGAUUCAAAUAUCCAGGAGCAAAUGCAGAAGUUAGGAGAUGAAAUAAAUGAAAAGAAGCAACUGUUGCAUUGUCUUGAGCAGAGAAUGGUUGGAUCUCGUGAAGAUGCUCCACAUUCAUCAAAUAGUACUAAAACAACACAGAAUCUUUCAACACUGGCCACUCAGUUGAGUGAGAAGGCAUUUGAGCUCGAGAUUAUGUCUGCUGAUAAUAGAAUUCUUCAAGACCAGCUACAGAUUAAGAUAUCUGAUAAUGCCAAACUUGAGGAGACUAUUAAAACGCUAAAUGAGGAACUCAACUAUUUUAUAGGUAAAACCAAAGAAAAUGAACAUAGCGUCUGUAAUAACACUUUGGUCAACUCUUCAGAAAAUGAGGUGAGAGGGAUAUCCUUGCUGACUGAAUCUUCUUCGAUGGGACUUCUUUCGAUAUCCACAAAUGAAGAAUCUAAGGGAAGUGGUAGUGAGCUGUUGCUGAGGUCCCAGGUUCUCACACAGGCUGCUGAGAUUGAGAAUCUGAAACAAAGAAGUUUGAGAUUGGCUGAAGAAAAGGAUGGCCUUCAAAUUCAUUGUCAAAAGCUGGCUGAGGAAGCUUCUUAUGCCCGAGAAUUGGCUGCAGCUGCAGCAGAUGAGCUUAGAAAUUUAGCUGAAGAGGUUACAAAACUUUCUUAUGAAAAUGCUAAAUUGACAGAUGACUUGGCUGCCUCUAUGGAAACAGCUACUCGAGUCAGUAACUCUCAGAGGCGUGUCUUGAUUGAUGGGAAGGAUACUGAUGAUUAUUUCAAGAAGUCGGAUGACUGUGUUCUUGUUGAGGAAUUGAGGAAAGAGCUAUCAAGAAGAUGCGAGAGAGAAUCUUCCCAAGAGGCUGCUUUGUCUGUUAGAGAUCAAAGGGAGGGUAAACUUAAAAAAAUUAUUGAUGACUCCAAACAAACCGAGCAAGAGUUAGAGAAUGAACUUACACGUAUGCGGGUACUUGUUGCCAAGCUUAAAAGAAAUGGUAUGGUAUCUGAUGAAUGCUUUCCUGAGUGGCUUGAUGAACCAAAAUUUCAUUCAUUAAGAAAUGGUUCUUCAAUAACAAUUGGUUGUUCUAGAGCAAGGUUUAAUGGGGAAAGUUUCUCUGAUUGUUUGUAUGAAGAUCAAGUGACCAGCUUUGAGGAAAUGAGAUCUGCUUUAGAAUAUGAAAGAAGGCGGUGCAAAGAACUUGAAGGCAUUAUUUCUAAGUUAAAGGGUGAAGAACUUAGCGGCCUUGAUGUCAAAUCUCUUGAAGAAAUGCAAAAUUGUCAUGUUGAAGCUUUAUCAAAAAUAUGCCAAGAAAAGUUGAUAAACCAAUCUCUGUUGAAUCAAGAAGAUGAGACGGCCAACUGAAAGUGAUGCAAUACUUCUUUUUUUUUUCCCAUUACCACAGGUUAGGCAUUAUUGGUGUUUAGUAAUCGUACUUUGAAGCAUCACAUUUCUCCUACACAUUCCAUUUUUUAUUGUAAUAUUUUACCCUUUUUUUCUCUUUAGAUCAAGUGGUAAUUUUUUUACCUGUUGAGUUUUGAUCCUUAGAAGUCCAAUUUUAAGGUCAAAAGUUGGGCGGUAUGGAAUGGCAAUCUUGUUGAAAAGAUGAUAAAUUGAACAUUCAACAGCAAGGUUUCUUUGCUAGACGUGAAGAACUUUUACCGAAUGAUGCUUUCUUUGAUGAAAAUGAUAGUUAAGAAGAGCUUUUUCAUAUAUUUU